AUGCAAAGACUGGAGUGGCGGAAAAACCGUUGUGCACUUUAUAGAAGGAUUAAGAGUUCAGACGGGAUAAAGUAGAAAAAAGGCCUAGAGAAGGUCGGGAGCUGGACCGAGUGGCCGCAACGCAGGACACUGGCGGCGCGGCGCCAUCCCCAAACAACAUCCAGUGCGAACGCUGGUCAGCCACAUGUCCACUGGAUGGAGGGUCAAGACAGAGCGAGGUCACUGGCGCGCGGCCGCCGCCACGGAGCCAGUGUCCCUCGCCGCCGGCCGAUCCUCAGUACCGAGCAAUAACAACGCGGCGUCUCGAAAUGGGGAUUUUCCUCUAG